UCGGCUGCUCCCCCGCCGGCCCCUCCCGAGUCCUCCCGUGCGCCCCCGCGGUCUCCGCCUCCCACCCCGCCGCUUUUCCAAAUAGAAACGGCCCCAUCCAUAGUCCAAAUCCGAAAGACAAGGGUGGCCGGAUUUCAUCCGCUGCGGUGCGGCUGGUGCCCGACGAGCCCGAUCGAUCCCCUUCCUUCGUCCCCACACCAAGUCACCAACCGGCUCCAUCUCCGAACCAAAUCCCCUCCUCCCCUUUCCCAAAUCGAGCAGGCGGCGGCGGGGGAGACCUGGCUCGGGGCCGACGGUCCCAGAUUCAAUUCCAUCCAAAUUCUCGCCGCCGGCGUCGCUACCACGGAUCGACGCGUAGCCGCCCAGGGUUUGCCGCGGGUUCCGGCAUGCUCUAGCCGCCGCCCUGCCGCGGUGAUCCUCUCGUGGCCGGGCUUGCCAUGUCGUGGGGGCGGUUCAGCAACUUCAACCCCUUCCAGGGGCCCACCCGGACCGUGCGGAGCUGCCCGGUGGCGCCUCGCAACGUGGUGGUCAUCGACGAGGACGACGAUGGUGGCGACGAUGCCUCGGAACCGGAGGUUUUCAUUAUUGGUGGCGCAGCUCCGCCACCGACGCCUGCGGCGGCGCCUGGGUGCCAGGCCAGGAAAGGGAACGGCUUGUCUGGUAACGUGAUCACCAUAGACGAUGAUGAAGACGUGGGGGAAGGUGCUGGGUGGGAUAAGGCAGGCCCCAGCACCUCCCGUGCGUCGUCUGGGUCUCCGGCAUCGAUGACACCGGGGCGGGGUUCCCCGGGGAACAGAUACGGGUUCGAUAGCACAUCGGACAGUGAUUUGUCCGAGGGGUGGGACUUUGACACUGAUGAUGGUGGCAGCUCGGAUUGCGAGAUUCUGGAUGAUACGUCUGGGACGGCCCGAGAGAUGUGGGAGACGGCUGCUUCAAGGAAGAAGAUGCCUCAUGGUGUCCAUGAGCGUGAGGAUGGUUGGGCUGCUGCAUUUGAAUCAUGUGCCAGGUCGGAGGCACAACCAUAUAAGGAUUCAGAGGGUUUCUUUGGUGCGGGAUGCAAUCUGGAUGAGACUUAUUUUAGCACCGCAUGGAAGGGUGACUCACACAACGAUACUGGUGGUACAAAGGAGGGUUCUGAACACGUUCAAAGUAGUGCCAACGGUGUGAAGGAUGGCCAAGGUCCUUCGGUGCCAAAUGCCAAAAAAUGUUCUAAUGGAAAUGUUGGAGAAGGAACAGAAGGCAUGCAGGAUACAAAUAGCAGUGCAAAGGAUGUCCAUGCAGAACCCCAUCCCGAUGAGAACAUAUUUCAGAGUUCUAGUGAUGCUUGUAAGGGAGGUGUGCAAAAUAAUACUGGCGUUUCAAAGGAUCACCAUGGCCCUUCUUCAGCGCCUAGUGCCAAGGAAUGUUCAAAUGAAGAAGGGGUUGUUCCUCAAAAAACUUCAGAAGGGUUUCAAACUCCUCGCGCAGAUGGAACCUUUGUCUAUAAAUUUGUCUCUGCGAAUAUGGUGUUUCCCGGAAACUCCUCAGCAGAUCGGAAAGAUGGAAGUCCUCCAAUGUCUGUCAGUACUCCUGAUAAGAUUGAUGAGAAAAUACCUGAUGGUGAAUAUUCACAAAAGGAUCAGUCACCACCGGAACCAUCACAUGCUUCAGUGAUUGGUGAACGUGAAAGACACAAAGAAUCAAUUGAGUACAAACGGGCAGCAGAGGAGGAGUGGGCUUCCAGACAGCGGCAGCUACAAAUACAGGCUGAGGAAGCAAAGAAAUUGCGAAAGAGAAAGAAAGCUGAGGCUCAACGAUUGCUUGACAUGGAGAAGAGACAAAAACAAAGAUUGCAAGAAGUCCGUGAAUCACAGAGAAAGAAUGAAGAAGCUAUACAGCUAAAGGAGCAGUAUCGGGGCGUAGUAAGAAAGGAACUUGAAGAUCUGGAAAGGAGAUAUUGGGAUAUGACUUCAAUAUUGCGUGCGCUAGGCAUCCCCGUUGAAGGUGGUGAGGUUAAAGCCUAUAAGCAAGCACUUCUGAAAUUCCAUCCUGAUAGGGUAUCAAGAAAUGAUAUGUAUCAACAGGUCAAAGCAGAGGAGACAUUCAAGUUCAUUUCACGCCUGAAGGAGAAACUGCCAAGGUUUUAAGAAUAGCAUAUUCCAAUACCCAGUUCGCACAAAACCAUCUCAAACCCAUCUCCUUUGUGUGUGCGUCGUAGUCACAUCCUUCUCCAAGGCAGAAAUCUCACCUGCAGGCUCAAGAUCCAUAGUUCAGAAGAUAUUUAUUAUCCUCCUUAGAAGCAACUAGGGCUUAGAAUUCAUUAAACUCGACUACUCUCCUUGAAGUGGUAGGGAUUCUUGUUAGUCGUGACCCUUGGUUUGGGAUCGAGAAUUGGUUGUACAGGACUGAUAGCAGAAACAUAAUUCCUCUUGCAGACCAUCUUUCAUAAUUUAUCUGACAGAAUACCGUGUCGUCGUGCUUUGGUUGUUCAGCUCA